AUGCUAUUUGAAUGUAUUUUUUUUAUUAAUAGAAUUAGGCAAAAGAAUAGAUGAUUCAUUUGCUUGCACCUUAUUAAGACUUAAAUAAAUGGAGAAUUUCAAAAGUGAAUACAUCUAUAGGAUUCCAAAACAAUCUUUAGUGCUCAAUUACUUAUAAGUCUAUUCAUUUGUACUAUUCUCUGAGAAUUUUAGUCCUUUGGUAUUGGCUUAAUAAUCUGA